CGGCAGCCGCUGGGCCGGGCAGGGCGGGCGGUGGGAGCGGGUCAGGCUGGGGUUGCUGUACCGGGGACAGCAGGAGCAGGGCUGCUCUCCAAGGGAAGGCGAGCAGCUACAGUGCGGCGCCAGAAGCAAAGAGGCCCUCGCAGCUCGCCCCGGACUCGCCGCGUCAGGAGCCGCCAGAAAGGCAGAGGGUGGCACGGAAUUCCCACCUUGGCCACCGCGCCCAGGGCAGUGCCAAGAGCCCCGGUUCUCUGCCCCGCCCGGGCCAGGGCUGUGCCAAAGGGUUUGAGCGCCCUUGGCAGUAACGGAAAGAUUUGGAUGGAGUCUCAGUAUCUGAAGCAAUGCCUGGGAGAUUGCUUGAAAAAGGGACUGGCAGAAGUUGUAGAGCAUCGGCCAGCAGAUCCAAUAGAGUAUCUUGCACAUUGGAUUUACCGUUACAGAAGAAACUUAGAUGAAGAAAAAAAGAGAAUGUUGGAGAGUGCUGAGCUGGAACAAGAACGGGAGGCAGCACUAGCAGAGCUUGAAAUAUUAAGACAAAGGGAGGAAGAAGAGCGAAUGAUCCAGCAGAAACUUGAAGAACAACGUCAGGCUGAGUUGGAGCAGCAAGAACGUGAGAAGGCUGAGUUGGAGCAAGAACGUGAGAAGUUGGAACUGCAGAGUGAAGAACACAACAUGCAGUUGCAGCAGGAAGAUCAAAAGGAAAAUGAAAAGACAGUAUCUGAACUCACAGAUAGACCUGGAACACCUGCUGAACUUACAGAUAGACCUGGAACACCUGAUUUGACCAAAGCUGAGGAGGAGCUAGAUCAGAGUGGACAGCCCGAGAGUCAAACAGAUCUCACAGCAGAAGCAGAAGAAAGUUCCGAACUGACCUGAAAGCACUGUAGCUACCAUGGCUGACUCGGAGGAAGAAAACUGCAACUGAAAUGAGAGCAGCAAAUAGAUUUUCUGCUUAUUGCACAUUGAUACUUGAAGUGUAACCAUAAUAAAUACAGAUAAAAUUAA